AUGCUUCGUGCUUUGACUUUUCUGUGCACCUUUGCACUGGUCACAGCAGCUCAAGGCACACAAGUCAGUGAAUACUCAGUCCAACGGGUGGCGACGUUGCCGAAUUUCCUUGUCGAAAAUCUGGCUGUAAGAGCCAAUGGUCAAAUCCUUGUUACAACCUCAGCUCCUGCGGCUACACUAUUGCAAAUCAACCCCCUUUCAGCCAGCAAUGCCACUCUCGUCGCGCGAUUUCCGAGCGUAUCUGGUUCUUAUGGUAUCACUGAACUUCAACCGGAUGUGUUCUAUGUGGCGACCGGCAACUUCUCCAUCCAAACAAGGCAGCCUGUCCCAGAGUCAUUCACACUCUUUAAACUUGACAUGGCCGACUUUCAUCAGCUUCCCAUCGGAAGGGUAACCAGCCUUCCGAUUCCGCGCAAGAUCGCGACACUUACGGAUGCCAUUGUCCUUAACGGACUCACGCAUAUCGAUGGACAGGACGGAUUUGUUUUGGCGGCUGAUUCGUAUGCCGGCGUGAUUUGGAAGGUCGACGUCACCACAGGAAGCGUCGUGGCGGUGAUAAAGGACGAUUCGAUGAAUCCCAGUCCCUCUGGAGCAGCAGGAAUCAAUGGCUUGAAGUAUCAAAGUGGCUUUCUCUACUAUACCAACACCGGGACAAACCUAUAUUAUCGCGUCGCUGUCCAUGUCAACGGUACCGCAUCAGCGAAUCCCGAGGUCAUCGCGCAGAUCACGAAACCGGACGACCUCAUCCUGGACAACGCUGGAACGGCCUACAUCUGCCAGCAAGUCAAUGCUGUGAGCCGCGUCGCCGGCAAUGGGACGGAGCAGAUCAUUGCAGGUAGCGCGAACAGCAAUGACAGUUCGCUUCUAGGGCCGACCGCAGUGGCUUGGGGAAGGCUUCUCACAGACAAGAACAAACUGUAUGUGACCACCAACGGAGGACAGUCGGCUGCUUCAAAUCAGGUGUUAGGAUCUCAGGGACUCUCCAUGAUCGGGCCUUUUGAGCAGGAAUCCACAGCAGAGAGCAACUCUUCGACUUCAGCUACAGUUUCGUCAACACCAGGUGCUGCUACACAGACACAGUCUACAGGAGGAGCUCCUACACUUUUUGAUCAACAAGUGCGCUGGUAUCUUCCAAUGGUUUUUCCGCUGGUUCUUUUUUGUGUGCUCUCUGCCGAGUUCUCUGGAUGA